AUGUCAGCGAGGAUGGAUCCCAUUGUCAAUGCUGGAACGGUCGGCGGCCACGUCCACAACAUCUUUGGAGCUUCCAACUUCCGCAAUGUCCUCAACACGCCCGAGGAGCAGCAGCGUGCCCACUGCACCUCAAUCAACGUCGCUGCCGACAAGUCCAAUUACUGGAUUCCUCAGCUGUACUUUAUCAACGCGAACGGGACGUACACCCUGUUGAAACACAAUACCAUCAUCUAUUACGAAGUUGGGAACGGCGGCACCGACGAAAAGGUCGUGCCGUUCCCCCCAGGCUUCAGGAUGAUUAGCGGUUCGGCCCAGCGACGUGCUCCUGGUGCAAUUGAAAAUGUCGGCCUUGCCAUCCAGUUUUACCACUUUGGCCCAGCGACCAACAAGAACUACUUCCCAAACGGCACGCAUCAGUCGACCAUGCCGGACAACAACAUGAUUGUCACCGCCAUCAACUUUCCUAGGUGCGGCUGGGCAAACCAGUCGCUCGACUCGGACGACCACUUUAGCCACAUGACGUGGCCAAUUCAUGGCGUGAAAGGCGAGUGGGUUACCAACGGCCGGUGUCCCGAGUCGCACCCGAUCAUGUACCCUCAAGUCUUCAUCGAGACCUUCUGGCCCCUGCUUCCAUACAUGAAGGAUGAGUGGAACACUACUGGACCCAACGUUAUCCUCGCAAACGGCGACGUGACAGGAAUUACGUACCAUGCUGAUUUCGUCAACGGUUGGGACCCUGCGGUCAUGACCGAGGCCAUCAGUACAUGUGCGACCACCGACGUAGAUUCGUGUGCCGCCAUCAACAAGUACAAGAAUCAGCCUGGGUCCUUCCAUUCGUGUCGUCCCGAAGGCCAAAUCCCUGCAGAGGACGUCGGCCUGUAUCAAACCCUAGACAAGCUGCCUGGUUGCAACCCCCGGUGGGACUGGGAUGGGCCUAUGAACCAUACCAAAUGCUCCGCGACAAACACACCCGGAUUUGUAUCACCUGCGCGCGCAAUGGAUGACUACUAUGGCAAUCACUCCUACCCCCUGGCUAUUCCUGGCUUGACUGCUCCCAUGGACACCUUCCCGUCCAAGAAUCCGGAUAACAGUUUUCACAUUCAUUUUGGCAAUUGGACCACAACGGAGGGUGACCCCUUCCAGCAAGGACCGGUCAUGUCCGGAACGCAAGAAGAGGUCGACGCCGCAGCAAACGGUGGUUCGUCAAUGGCCGUUAUCGAAGGCCAGCAGGAUCCAUCGGCUUGGUCCGAGCGCAGCCCCACGGCCACUAUCGAUGCAGUGUAUGCCACCGGAGCGUCAACUAUGGUCCCAACACAAACGUAUCAGUGUCCUAUGACCCCGGCGUGGGAGGGGUUUUACUGUGGCCCUGCUACGACGACUGCAGCGGGCGUCACCACAACUGGCACAGUGGCUGCCCCUGUCACCACUCCCGUGGCCAAGGCCACGGAGCCGGCUUCACCAUCGAGCCAGGACAUGACCGUCCCGGUGUCCAACAUUGGCAACGUCGCCAUCGCCUCCCCGACUGACCUUUUUUUCACGCCCUCGUCCCUAACGACCCCGGCUGUUGCGGUGACACCGACGGCUGACCAAGGGGCAGCCUCUGAAGGAACCGUCGCUCCCAGUCCGGACCCAACGCCGAUUGCGGGGUCCACUCCUGCCGCGUAUGAUAGCAAGUGUAAGCGCAACCGCCGCAGGCACCGUAUCUAA